AUGCCGUGGCUGAGCAGCGGCACAGACUUUGACAACGUCUCAGCGCGGAUGGCAUCUGCCGCUUCUUCAGGCCCAUCGUGGGUCUACCCGACGGUUCUGCAGGUUGCCGCGAGCGAGGGCGAGACGACGCGUCGUUUGACUGCCUCUUACAAUCCGCGACGUGCAGCCCCGACUUCACUUGACGACGGCUGCACGACUGACACCGGCAUGGACACCUAUUAA